UCUCUUCAAGUGACUUACAGCAGCACCAACAGUCACGAUGAAAGUUCUGAUCUCUUCUGUCCUUCUAUUGCUGCUGCUAAUGCUGAUGUCCAUCGUCUCUAGCAACCCAAGUCCAGGGGUCGCCAGAGGCCAGAGGGACCAACGCCAGGCUUCUAGGAGGUGGAUCCAGGACGGAGGCCAAGAAUGUGAGUGCAAAGACUGGUUCCUGAGAGCUACUACAAGAAAACUCAUGGCAGUGCCCAGGCUGCCAAAGAAGCAGUGUCCCUGUGAUCAUUUCAAGGGCAAUGUGAAGAAAACCAGACACCGAAGGCACCACCGGAAGUCGAACAAGCAUGUCAGAGCCUGCCAGGAAUUUAUCAAACGUUGUCAGCUAGCAAGCUUUGCUCUGCCUCUAUAGGAGCUAAGAGCCCCCUCUCCCAGUGAAACAUUCUCGGUCAAGAAGGAGUGAGCACACCUAGAGAAUGUUCUCCCACCUCAAGCUCCUUCUCCCUGUCCCCGCUUCCUAAAUCAUUCCAGUAAUCUCAAAAAGCAAGUUUUCCAAGAUUAUUUUGAUGAUUGCUCCCUCUAGUGCUUUCCCUUGUCAGUCUUCUCCUAUGCCCUCAUUCCCCAGGCUUCAUUUAAGCUUAAUUACCUGAAUGAAACCAGGAAACUCCAGCUUCCUAGCUUGUUCCACCUGACCUGAAAUACAUCCAGGCAAGUAGCAAAAAGAAGCCAGUAUCUGGUUGCAGUGGAUUGAGCAUAGGCCUGUAAAGCAAGGGGUCACUGGUUCGAUUCCCAGGCAGGGCACAUACCUAGGUUGCAGGCCAGGUCCCCGGUGGAGAACAUAUGAGACAACCGCACAUUGAUGUUUCUCUCCCACUUUUUCUCCUCCCCUUCACUUCCCCUCUCUCUAAAAAUAAAUAAAUAAAAAGCCAGUAAAUAUUAUUAAAUAUGACAGGUCAAAAUAACUUCUUUUGAACAGGGUCUGGCAACUCACACUCAAGCCAGAUGACCCACUCUAUCCUGUUCACUCCAAACUCAACCCAGAUUCUACAUAUACACAUACUUCUUCGCACCAUCUCUCCCUCUUACUCUCUCCUGCCCAACUUUUUAUUCUUUUACUCUUUCAACAAACCCUUUCUGAGGUAAGAGCCAAAUGGGGAAACUAAAGCAGGUAAUGAAUUAGACGCGGUCUUGUUCAAAAUAAUAUAGGUUAAAAAAACUAGUCAUUUCCUAGCAUGUAGAACACCUUUGGGAUUCAUUAUUGUUAUCAUCAUCAAGGGUCAUCGUACUCUGUGUUUCCAAACUAGUACAGAAGACACGCUAUAUGCAGAGCCAUAGGUCCAGGGUUAGAGAGAUGACAUGGAAAAUCUCAAAUGCCAUUGAAAAGGGCUUUGAACUGUAACAAAAUGGAAGU